CACUUUCAUGUGCAAGACCCUGAAAAUCCCUCGACCAUAUUUUUAUUUUCAGGUGCUCGUCCCGACUGUACCGCCGAUACCUAUGUAACAUUAUUUUCUGGCCUACAAUAUAAUAUAGCAUAACAAACCAACCGGGUUUCCUCCCGCAAUAUCAUCGCUACAUUGCUGGUAUACCCUUGGAUAGAGUCGACCAGGAGUCGGCCGCCACCCGUCUUCGCAAUGGGUUCCCUAGUCCCGGACCGUCAACCCCUCCACGACUCCAUCCCCCCUCUGAUCCUUGGUACGGCUACGUUCAAUACGCAGUACGUCCCGAACCCUUUCGACCUACCUGCCCUGUCUAUCGUAUCGCGCGCCCUCGAACUGGGCGUCCGUGCUUUUGAUACUUCGCCAUACUACGGUCCCUCAGAGUGCAUCCUGGGCGACGCGCUGGCGCACCCAUCCGUCACUCAAAAGCACCCUCGCUCAUCUUAUUUCCUCGUCACCAAGGCCGGCCGCAUCGCCAGCGACGUUUUUGACUAUAGCCCAGCCUGGAUCCGGUCCUCGGUGAUGCGUAGCCUCGAGCGCCUACAUACUUCCUACUUAGACUUAGUAUAUAUGCACGACGUCGAGUUCGUCUCCCCGUCCGAGGUUCUGGUCGCCGUGCUAGAGCUGCGCCGUCUACGGAGCGAAGGAAUUGUCCGAUAUGUCGGCAUCAGCGGGUACCCCGUCGAGACGCUGUGCACGCUCUCCGAGAUGGUGAGCCGUGAGACGGGCGAGCCGCUCGAUGCUGUGCUAAGCUACGGCCACUACACCGUGCAGAACACGACGCUGGGCGCCGAUGCGAUGUCGCGUUUCGGACGCGCCGGUGUGGAUGUCGUACUCAACGCUAGCAUGCUGGGCAUGGGCCUGCUGACGACGAGGGGCGCCGACGCAGGGCCUAUGGCCAAGUGGCAUCCCAGUCCGGAGGGGCUGAGGAAGGCUUGUCAGGAUCUCGUACCUAUCGCGGUAGGCGCGGGCGAGAAACUGGAGGUCGUCGCAAUCCGCUGGGCUUUAGACAACUGGGCUCGAGCGGGCGCGUCUAGAGGUGGCCGUACUCCCAAGUUGCCAACAGCCGACCGGGUCGGUGUUAGCGUCAUGGGCAUCUCCAGCGUUGCCGAAUUAGAGGAGACGUACCGUGUCUUUAAUAGCGUGAUCGAGGGGUUGGCACCGGAGACGACCGACAUCGAACAGAUGAAGCGACGGCGAUGGAGCGCAGACCGACGACAGAAGAUUCAGGGGGUGGUUGAAGAGAUGUGGGCUGUCCUAGGCCGGUGGAAGGACUACAGCUGGAGUAGUCCUGAUCCCGGAUUCGUCAACGCCAGGAACCCUCCCGAGGACGUUAAAUCACCGAUGAGCGUAGACGUUGAGGAGUUGCCAACGAUGAGUGUAUGACACCCCUUUCUUUCCAGGUUACUUGGUCGUUAUCUGGGCAUGCAUACACAUAUCUUAGUAUCAGUAGUUGCUCAGGAGUUAGAUCUUCUAUACUUGCGGAUUGAUAAACGUUCGCAAUAGUCGUCGCCUUAUCUCUAAAGCACCGUAGUAUGGUAUCUUGCUUUCUUUUUUAUCCCCACUAUAGAUCCAGGACCAAGACUAGGUAUAUUUCUUAUGUUGGGACAUGUAGUACCAAUGUGUUGCUCGAAUGCCACCGUCACAUUUUGGAGAUAUAAAUCAUCUCCACGCCCGUACUCAGACAACCGAUAACUUCAAUAAUUACCUACCUGCCUGGGUACCUACAUAUCGUGCAGGAGCUCACUACUAGAUGUUGUGUUGGCAUGGUUUCGUUGUCAACAUGUCACUAGGUUAAUUCAAACCCAUACAUAUAUUAGUCGUAGAGUUCUCCAUUUUUGAUCCCUUCCCUAUUUCAAAUGUGUCUUGCGGCGAUCUGCUUGACG